GCUCACGAUAGCCAUUCCCGAUUCCUCGUCCGCGACUUUUUUGUUUGUGCUUUCUUUUUGAUACAUCCCCGCCUUCUCUUCUCUCCUCUCCUCCCAUCCUUCAUCCUAUCUCUAUCCUUCAUCCUUCACGAAUAACCCCUUUGCGAGCUUCAGCCUUCUCGGCAAAUUAGAUCGUCACAUGUCUUCCGCCAUGGCAUCUCAAAUCCUACCCACCUCCGCGAAGCAGGUCCUCACGGGUGGCGGUAAAACGACGGAUCGUAAGGAAGACCAGCUGAACGACAACAUCAAGGAGGUCAACCCGGAAUCUCGCAUCACAUCCGACUAUGGCGUCAAGCAGACCAACACCGACGACUGGCUGCGCAUCACUCGCGAUGACCAGAUCGGGCCCAUGUUGCUGGAAGAUCCUUUUGGCCGGGAAAAGAUUCACCGUUUCGACCACGAGAGGAUUCCCGAGAGAGUCGUCCACGCUCGAGGCACCGGCGUCUUCGGUACCUUCAAGCUUCACACCCCGAUCCCCGAGUACACAAAGGCCGGCAUCCUGACCGACACGUCCCGGGAAACCCCCAUGUUUGUUCGCUUUUCCACUGUCCUUGGCAGUCGUGGGAGUGCAGAUACCGUCCGUGACGUGCGAGGAUUUGCCUUGAAAUUUUACACCGACGAAGGCAACUGGGACAUUGUCGGAAACAACAUUCCCGUCUUCUUCAUCCAGGAUGCCAUGAAAUUCCCCGACGUCAUCCAUGCCGGGAAACCCGAACCACAUAACGAAGUUCCCCAGGCCCAGUCAGCCCACAAUAACUUUUGGGACUUCCAGUAUAUGCACCCGGAAGCCACCCACAUGUUCCACUGGACCAUGUCGGAUCGUGCCAUUCCUCGCUCUUACCGAAUGAUGCAGGGCUUCGGCGUAAACACCUUUACCCUCCAAAACGACAAGGGAGAACGCUUCUUCGUCAAGUUCCAUUACACCCCCACUCUUGGUGUCCACUCGCUCGUCUGGGACGAGGCCCUGAAGCUCGCCGGACAAGACCCCGAUUUCCACCGCAAGGACCUCAUGGAGGCCAUUGAUCACGGCAUGUUCCCCAAGUACAAGUUCGGCAUUCAAGUCAUCCCCGAGUCGGGGGAACACGACUUCGACUUCGACAUCCUCGACGCCACCAAGGUCUGGCCCGAGGACCUCAUUCCCGUCCGCUACAUCGGCGAGUUCGAGCUCAACCGCAACGUCGACGAGUUCUUCACCGAGACCGAGCAGGUGGCCUUCUGCACCAGCCAUAUCGUCCCCGGUAUCGGCUUCUCCGACGACCCCCUCCUCCAGGGCCGUAAUUUCUCCUACCAGGACACCCAGAUCACCCGCUUGGGCGUCAACUGGGAGGAGCUGCCCAUCAACCGGCCUGUCUGUCCCGUGCUGAACCACAACAGGGACGGCGCCAUGAAGCACACCAUCACCAAAGGCACGGUGAACUACUGGCCGAACCGCCACCAAGCCGUGCCGCCCGCCACCAAGGAGGAAGGGGGGUACGUCGAGUACGCCGCCAAGGUGGCCGGCUUGAAGCAGCGCACCAAGAGCGCCAAGUUUAGGGACCACCACUCGCAGGCCCAGCUGUUCGUCAACAGCCUCACCCAGGUGGAGCGCAACCACAUGAUCAACGCCUUCGGCUUCGAGCUCGACCACUGCGACGACCCCAUCGUCUACGAGCGCCUGACCCAGCGGCUCGCCGAGGUCGACCUCAGCCUCGCGCAGUCCGUGGCCCAGAUGGUCGGCGGUCCCGUCCCGGAAAAGGAAGGCAGGCCCAACCACGGCAGGAAGACCAAGGGCAUCAGCCAGUUCGACUUUGUGCCCGAGAAGCCGACCAUAGCGACCCGCCGCAUCGCCAUCCUCAUCGCCGACGGCUACGACGCCGCCUCGUUCAACACCGUCAAGGCCGCCAUCAAGGCCGCCGGGGCCCUACCGUUCGUCAUAGGCCCGCGGAGGUCCGAGAUCUACCCGGCCGGCUGGGACAAGAAGCCCGGCAACGGGGUGGUGCCGGACCACCACCUCGAGGGCCAGCGCUCCACCAUGUUCGACGCGCUGUACGUCUGCGGCGGGGUGGACGCGAGCGCCGCGCUGGCGAAGAGUGGGCGCGCCAUGCACUGGAUCCGCGAGGCCUUUGGCCAUCUCAAGGCCAUCGCCGCCACGAGCGAGGCCGUCGACGUCGUGGAGAAGGCCAUCGCCCUGCCGCAGGUCAGCGUGUCGCAGGGCGACGUGCACGAGUCGUACGGCGUUGUCACGUUGAGGCAUGUGAGGGCGAGUUCGCUGAAGGAGGCGGUCGAUUUUGCGAAGGACUCCAAGGGCUUCCUGGAACAGUUCUUCUACGGGCUGUCGCAGCAUCGGUGCUGGGCUCGCGAGAUGGACGGCUUGAACACCCAGGUUGCGUAUUAGGGAAUGUGCAAUGACCUCUUACCUUGUAUUUUUAGUGGUCUGAUUUUUUCCAUGCUUGGAACGGGAUGUGGAUGUUUCUAGUACGGGAAUGUUGUGAUGCAAUUCUGAAUCCGUUCU